UGGCUGUCAUUGGCCAAUCAACUUGCCCUCCGAUUCGUAAUAUAAACAUCAUGCAGAGGACCGAAGUUCGUUGUUGUUUCUGCGUUCUCCUCUUCUGUCCUAGGAGAUCUCUGCUAGUGAAAAAAAGGGAUCCUAAAAAAGUUGGGUUUUUUGACUGGUUGAUUGAACAGAUCAACAGUGGAAGAUACAAGGGUUUUUUGGACUGGACAGACGAGAACCACACAACCUUUCGUAUCGGAUGGAAGCAUAUUUCAAAGAAGUCUCUUGUGGCAGAUGAUUAUGAGAUUUUCAGGGUAAUGGGAGUGACAAUGAAGCUGAAGCAUUGCAUUUCAAUCCAUACAGUGAAGAAUGCCCGGCUCUGCACCAAUCUACUCCGCUAUACCAGCAGGAAAUGCUAUUACGUAUGAGCAAAGAAGUUCCUGUGAAGCCCCUCAGGUCACCCAAAAUGGCUGCUCACCUAUAGGGAAUGGAGUAGCAGUUGAACCUGUGGCAAGUGACUGUUACCAAGAAGGACCCCAUUGGCCACCUGCAAAUCCAACAAAAGAGAUUUCCCAGUCAACCAUUGCUUUUUCACAUGUGCAACAAAAUUUUCCGGGUGCAAAUCAAUUUAAUCAGUUAGAAGAAGCUGUCUGCAAUACUAGCUGUUUCGUUGAUAACAUUUAUCUGAGUGAAGAGCCUCGGGAUAAUGGAAUGAGGAAUAAUGAAAUGAAGAAUGUCUAUCUGCUUACAGCAAACCCGGAAGUUAUGAUGGAACAGAGUACAUUUGUACCUUCAGCUACUCUCCCAACAGAUGAACCAACCAUCAAUAAUGUUCCUUCUCAGGACCCUCUAGAAACUGCUGCAUUUAACAUAAAAGUCUCUAUCUACUAUCACAACAAGAUAGUGCGUGACGAAGCAGAAGUAAAUAGCUGCCUGCUCACCUACAACCAGGAGAACUGCCACCAAUCACACAAUGCACAGGUCAUACAGUUUCCAAAUCCAGACAUGCUGACGGAUCAGAAGCGAGUUGAAAAGACCUUGUCUGUCUUAGAGCCUGCACGUUUAUUAUUAUAUCAGAAAAGGAGGAUCUGGGCCAAGCGACUUGGAAUGUGUCAGGUCUUCCAUGCAUUCUCCAAGGAGCUGGACAAUCAUUCUCAGGACCCUCCAUGUAAAUUACUGCCAAGGAAUGUUGAAACUGAAAUCUUCAACUAUGAACAGUUCUAUCAAGAACUGGUUGAGUUCCGUGAUGGUCAAAGACGCUCGUCUCCUGACUAUACCAUUUAUCUGUGCUUUGGACAGCGGUUUACUGCUUCCAAACCCAAGGAGUCCAAGCUGAUCUUGGUGAAGCUGGUUCCAAAUUUUUGUAAAAAUUCGCAUGAAUUCGUGCAGAGGGAAGGCUGCUCAUCCCUGAACAGCGAAAGUCUGAGCCUCCAAAUCUCCAACAGCCUUUUUGAUAUGAUAGAACAGCUUUCCACUAUAUUCAUGCAGACUGAGACAGCGUAUUGAGUGUUUUGUUUUGUGUGCCAAUUAAUAGGUUUUGCAGAGGGUGAGGCUGGUUCUCUCCAUUUGUUUCACAGGCCGAAGUACUACAAUCUCUAGAUUGCAUCUCAGCCUUGUUAUUAGGGCAGAUGAUCUUCUAAUUGGACUAUUAUUUAUUGAGAUAAUCACACCCCGGAGAUACAGAUACUCUGCCCUGUGAAAUUCUUUCCAAGAACUUAUUGGAAUAUAUAUCUUGCUAUAGGGCAUUAUGACAAGGAUUCUUCUUUGCAGUAAUAAUCGUGGUACAAAGUUGAGGAAAUUCUUUUCAAGAACAUAUUUUUAAGUGAUAAGAAUUUCCAGAUGCUAAGGGAAUGAAUUUAGUUUCUGGAAUGCACUUUUUACUUCCUAUGUUUUUUAAGUGAAAAGACAUUAAAUAUACAUUCUAACCUGAAACUCAGCAGAAACUUCCAUGUUUCUCCAAACAAGACUAUUCUCAAAUGCUAUGGGACAGUGUUAGAAGCAAGGUUUUGUAUUUUCAGUCCUAAAAAGAAAGGGACAAACUUACAAAGGACUUCUGUUCCUCUGUAAGAAGUUGAAGUUUGUAAAUAUUUGAAAAGAAAAAAGAAAACGUCCCUAGUCGGCUGGAAAGGAGAUGGGAGAGAGAUUUAAUUUCAGACUUGCAAGAUUGAAGUCAGCCUUUCAAGAUAGAUCAGAUAGGAAAGAUGAGCUGUAUGUCUAUGGAACUUCUCAGUCAUCCGGGUCAUGGUUGCCCCAGAGGUGCUUUUUCAAAAGGCAACUGGACUUUCUGUUUUUUCUUU